AUGGAAAGUGAAAUAGCUCAAGCAGCUCAAUCAAGCAAUACCAAAACCUUUCCUGCUGAGCUCCGUGUUUUGAUUGUAGACGAUGAUGCUAUAUGCCUUAAGGUUGUUGAAGCAAUCCUUCGGAUAUUGAAAUACCAAGUUGUGGCUGUUAAAAAUGGACUUGAUGCUUUGUCAAUUCUUCAGGAGAGGAAAGGAGGAUUUGACCUUGUUCUCACAGAUGUUUACAUGCCUGGUAUGGAUGGAAUCACUCUCCUAAAGCACAUCAUGGCAGAAUUCAAGCUGCCUGUCAUUAUUAUGUCAGCUGAUGACAAAGAGAAUGUCAUAUUGAAAUGUCUAAAAGCAGGGGCUUCUUAUUACAUUAAGAAGCCAAUAACCAUGAAUGAUGUUAGAAAUCUUUGGCAACAUGUAGUUCUGAAAAGAAAAGAGACCAUUAUGGAACCGGAGAGGACAAGGAGCAUUGAGGGAGAAUCCGAUCAGAGUGUGUUUAGGGAGGAUAUUGAGUGUGUAUCCUCAGUGAAUGAAGGGAACUGGAAAAAAGGAACCAAGAGAAAUACAACCAGCAGCAACGACAACAAAGUGGUUGAAGUAGGUAAAAGUGUUUCCUUCACCACAAAGAGAUCAAGGGUGGUUUGGACUACAGAGCUUCACCAGCAGUUCUUGGAUGCUGUCAAAAAAUUAGGCUAUGAGAAGGCUAUGCCCAAGAAAAUACUUGAGCAGAUGGGUAUAUCAGGAUUGACUAGAGAAAAUAUUGCCAGUCACUUACAGAAAUACCGCAUCUUCUUAAAGCGACUUAAGCAAGCAAGCCAAGCUCCUGAACCAAGUGUAGCAAGAUCCUUGAUUAGUAAAUCAAGCUUUGCAGUAGGUCAUCCUUCACUAGUGCUCCACUUACAAGGUAGACUUCCAGAGUUGCAGGAUACUCAACAAUUUACUGGAAUGUCAUUCAGGCCAAGACACGGAAGUUCUCCAAUGUCUCAAUUACAUGAACAUUCAAUUUCAGCUAGCAAUCAGGGGAACCUGAAGAAAUCUAAUUUUCUUGAAUCAUCUCUUGAUCAACGAAAUGGUACCAAACAUUCAGGUUUUGAAGUGAGAUCCCACAUUGUCACAACAUCUUCCUUGCUCGGUGAUACUUCAAAUAGUCAUAGAAGUGGUGAAGAUAUAGUGCAGAUGAACCAUCAACAGCCUCAGAUGCAAUCGAGACCAUUUGCCAGUAGCUCACUAGUUAAUAGAAACAUGGGGUCAUCCAACAACCAUAACCAGGUCCCUUAUUUCAAUUACACCAAUUAUAACCAUGCUGGAAUUCAGAUUGCAAGUGCUGGAGAGCCAGUUGGAUUUGGUAAAACUGUGCUCUUUGCUAAUAGACCAUCAAAGAGUAUGAGUGGUAGCUACAACUCCAUGAAUGAGAUGCAAAAAGGCAAGGGAAUUGUCACAGCAACUGGGAAAUAUCCUCCAUUUCUCGAGUUUGGCUCAUUUCGUUCUGGUUUUUCUCCUCAAGGAUUGGAUUCUUCGUGUGGUUCCCAAUGUGCAAACCAUUUUCAGAUGAUGUUUCCUUGUGUGAUUCAGAAACAACAACCUUCGAUCCAAUCAUUCCUCAAUGUGAGUAAUCAACAACAACAACAAUCUCUAGUGCCAUCAUUCCCCAAUGUGAUUCAAAAGCAACAACUUCCACUACCACUACAGCCAUUGCCUGAACAGAAAAGACCAAACUUAACCGAGUUUGAAAGUGAACUUGAUAGCCUCUUAGACCUUGUAACAAGCAGCCCUGACAUUGAAAACACUUCAGCUAUGCAACCAUUUGAUGAAAUUAAUGAUCUCUGCGCUAUCCUCAAUCAAGUGGAUCAGGAUGAUCAGAGUCAAGGUGGUGAAGUACUCAUGGACCCGGACUUCAAUAUCAACGAAUAUCAGAUGGAUGACUUUUGCUUAGUUGAGAAUGUAGAUAAAGAGUUUGAAGAACAAUAA